GUAUUAUAACUUGUUUUCUAUUGCCGAUCAAUGCCGAAAAGAGGAUUUAUCAUUUAAUCAGCCACAGAAUUGCAGCUUUUUCCCAAAGAUGUUUGUUAAUGAAGAGGAGAAAAAUAAACCUAAUUUACAAGACCUUCAAAAUAAUAAUUAUAUUAACCAAAGAUAUGGAAUUUCAUCUUCGCCUACAUCCGCAGAACCACAUUCUUUUCUAAGUGAAAAUGAAAAAGAAUUUCAUACAAAAAAUUCCGAACAAAUUAAUCAAAAUAUUUCUCACGAUACCCAAAAUAAAAUCAAACGAAAGGCUAAAACUAUUUCAUUUCCUAUUAAGGGAGAGAAAGCCAAAUUUAACUUUGAAAGUCCAGAACUAACACAUCGGCUUCGAGCUGUAAAUACCUCGGAUAAAGAAAAAAGCGAUGAAAAGCACGAAUCUAAAGAAAAGGUCAAUGAGGAGAUGGACUUUUAUACGAAAAAAAUCCAUUGGACUUGGAUUUUAUUAGCAUUAAUCGUUUGUGCUGUUUUAAUUUAUAUGAAAUUUCGCUUAAAAGAAAUUUAUGUUGAUGAUAAGAAAUUUGUUGUUAAGUUCCAACCUUUCGAAGACUUUGCGAGCUCGACAACAAAAUUAGUCGAAGAUAUUGUUCAAGUAGAUUUACCAUCAUCGGGUUCUGUAAUGGAUGGGACAGUGUCAUGUCGUAGAUUUGCAAAUAUAGUUGAAGAUAGCCCAGCAUUCAAAGAAACGGGUUCAUCCAUUGCAAACCUACUACGAGCGUUUUCCGCCAAAAUAAUGGAUGCAGGAGUUGCAUUGGAAGACAUGUAUCGUAAUGGCAACAUGUUAUUUUGGAUACUUAACAGCGAAAUUUCCGAGAUGAUGUCAAAGUUUAAUUCAUAUAAUAGAUGGUUCGGAAAUGAAGAUGAAACAUUUUUUAGAAGUCGUGUACAUAGGUUGGUUAAAAGUAUCGAGGAAUUUAGUGUAAAGGUCACCCAUGCAAGAAAAGCUAUUGUUGAUGCUGAAUCUUACAGAGGCCCCGCUGAAAGAAAAGUACGACAAGGUAUUGCCGAGGCUACUAAAUUUGUUCAUCAUGAUCCUGAUAAAGCACAAGAGUAUAUUCUUAAGUUCAGGGGGGAAGGGUAUAUUCUGGAAAAAAUUGGUAGUAAAGCUAAUGAUGUGCUGAAUGUAAUGGACGAAUUGAAACAUGCAGAAAACAUGUUAAAUAUUUUAGAAAAAAGUCAUGAAGCCCUGGAUUUAAUUAAUAAGAUUUUAUCAGUUUAUAAGAAUAAACUGUUUUAUUUUGAAUCUCAAUUGGGUAAAAUAAAGAAAAGCAAGGUAACAAAAAAAGACUUGGACAAAUUAGAGAAAUUAGUUAAUAUUUUGAAAUCUAGUCAACAAAAAUUCAUCGACAAAGAAACUUUAGAGGAUAAAGAAGAAGCAAGGAUCUAUGUGUAAUUAGUUACCCUAUAAUUAAAUAAAAAUAAUAAAUUUAUUUCUAAAUUUUUUAUAAUUCAUUUAUCUACUUCAAAAAAAAAAAAA